GUGAGGGAGCCGCGUUUGUUUGUUGCCCUCAUUCCACACUAAACCCCCAAAUCUCUACAACAACACCGCCCUCCCACACUCUGUCACCACACUCAACGUCGAAGACACCAUCAGUAUCCAAAUUUAUCGAACAAAUAUCACACAACCGCAAACAUGGGUGCCGUGGUUUCUUGCAUCAAGUCCGUCUUCCGCACGAUCGGCAACUGUAUCAUGGCUAUUGUCAACGCUAUUGCCGCUGGCCUCAAGGCUAUCAUCAACGCCAUCGUCUCCCUGUUUGGCAUCAUCAUCUCCUGCCUGACCUGCGGUAAGUUAUCUCGGCAACACCUCAGGUUCUGUGCUAACAUCGUAAAAGGCCGUGGUGGAGGAAGAAAGACCCGCACUACACACACGAGUAGAGUCUAAAAGCCUCCCGUCUUGGUCUCUGCACUGACACGGCGUGUCAGUAAGGAGGAUGAGGCGGGAGUUGGGCGUCUGAGGAGCGGAGCAAACAGCAAAGUAACCACCGACACCACGACACGAUUGGAGCGAGGCUGUAAUGAG